UAUUCAUGGCAGAUUAAUCACUCAAAGGAACUAAUUGGGGGAGAGUCAAUAUAGAUGAGAAGAAUUUGAGUUUAUCUCAUCUCUCUCAAAAUGUCAUUAAAUUCCCUCUCAAGAAAAUUACAAAUUCCAAUAUUCAAAAGAAUGACAUCGUAUUGCAAUUAAGUACUGAUGAAUGUGCAGAGAAGUAUGAAAUUUCAUUCUAUACUUUCUUAGUGAAGACAUGUUGUGCGAAGUCAGAUUUUAUAUUCCUCCGAAAGAACAAGUAUGUUUAUAAUAUUAAAAUACUAGAAAGCUGAAAAAAAGAAAUAAGAAUCAAAUGAAGAAGAAUAAGAUGAAAUCUCAUACUUAUAACAGGUUUAGAAUCACAUUGUGAAAAAAGCAAAAAUUGGAGGUAGCAGCGAUUCCAUACUUACCAUUCACGAAGUCCCAUUAAUAGUUCCCAGAGGAAAAUAUACAAUGGAUUUCUUUAAAAAAGACAUUCGCUUUCAUGGCAACACCUAUCAAUUCACUACUGAUUAUAAGAGUAUAACUAGAUUCUUUUUGCUUCCAAUGCCAGAUGAAGUCAAUCUCUCAUUAGUGGUUGGUCUUGAAAAUCCCAUUAAGCAAGGUCAAACAGCCUAUAAUUAUAUUGUGAUGCAGUUUAGGAAAGACUUGGAAGCUUAAAUUGAGAUGAAAUACACAAGAGAGCAAUUAGACAAUGUUGGAUGGAAAGGCAUUCGAUUAGAAUACUCGGGCUCCAUGUUUGAUAUAGUAUGUGAUAUUCUCUCAGAAAUCACAGGAAUCAAAGUAGUAUCACCUAAGAAUUUCAAAUGCAAGAAUGGUUUAUUUUGUCUGAGAUGUUCAGUCGUACCUCAUUCAGGAUUCCUCUUCCCAUUAGAGAAAUCCCUGCUAUAUAUUUAGAAACCAGUAAUCUACAUUAAACAUGAUGAUAUAAAGGAGAUUAUCUUUCAGAGAGUAAUUAUAUGCAUAAUUUCUUUUAGAUCACACAGACAACACAGAAUAAAUUCUUUGAUAUAAAAGUUGUAACCAAGAAUGCGUCUCACUUAUUCUCUACAGUAGAUAGAGAAGAGUUGGAUAACCUAUCACAGUACUUUAAUUCCAAGAAAUUACAAGUGAAAAAGAUACAAGAAGAAAAUGAUGGAAUCAAAAAUGGCAAGGAUGACAGUGAGGAUGGCAGUUAAAAUGGAAAUGAUCAUAAACUCACUUUGUCAUAGAUGGAUUCAGAUGAAGAUGAUGAAGACUUUUAAGCAUAAGAAGAUUCUUAUAAUAGUGUCUAAUUUUAACAAAAGGUUUAAAAAACAAGAGCUGUUAAAAAAUGA